AGUGUCGAAUAUCAUGCAAGUGCCGUUGAGGUGGCUCCGUGCAUGAUCCCCCUCGCAUCUGUGUUACUAGCCAGAGAUGCAGUCAAGGGAGCCUUGCAUGGUCCCUCUGACCCGCCCAUUGAACCAGGGGUUGACAAGAGGACCCCGUCAUUAAUACCUCAACGUUCCGAGGAGGAAUUCCUUAAAAAUGGCACUGCAUACCCGAUCGAUGCGGCAAACAAACACAAGAAAAGACAAAGAGAGGAUGAAAAUCAUCAUCCUGAGUCACCCUGCGAUAAACCCUCGAAAAAGAGCAGAUCCCGACGAGCAUUGUUCCCGGAUCUGUCCUUGGAUGGGAGUUAUUUGAGAGUUGACGGAGGUGAUGAGUACGUCACGAAUGAGAAUCAUGGCUUGGAUUUACCAUCAUCGGUUUCACAUGAUCGGUGUCUCUUUCCUUCCAGUCAUGAUCAGGCCAACUGCGCUGAGUGGGAGGUCUCAACACCUGAGAUCCCGAUCAAGGUGCUGGGGAACGAGGAUCAACGUGAGGUGGAUCCCCCGGCCCCAGAGCCGCUCACUCCUUUUAUGCAAGCGGCAUCUCAGCAGAAGGAUUGCACACACGGGCUCCGUAGUCAACAACCUGAAGACCUGAAUCACAGGCUCUCCCGUGGGCUUGAUCUUGAUAUCGCGAUACAUGGACCAGACAUCACCAGCCUGAGGGAUGUGCCUCGGACAGAAAGCAGUGGGUUUCCGCAUGGUGGUACCGAUCCAGUGGCAUGUGACCCCCGAGAACUCCUCUUGGAUUAUCUCUCGUCCGAUUCAGCCGAAGAUCCUCAGAGGGAAACUGGUGACUGCAGAUUUCAAGACCUUGAGUCCCAAGUCCAUCAAGACAGUGCUCAGCAUGUCCAAUUUACUACCGCCCGACAUAGCAGAACGAUAAUCCACGCUGAUCCUGCAACCCAUCACGUUGGCGCUGAGCGAUUCUCUCAAAAUGUAUCUGUGAAUGAUCAAGGACGUACCAUACCUUCGAAGGACUUAUUGCCGAAAGUAUACAGAAGCGUAGGUAUCCAAGUUGGCACCGUCACCCAGCCCCUCGUUCGAAGACGUUCCUCUUCGGCCCCUAGCCGCCUAGUCUCGCACCCUCUCUCGCUCCAUGAAAUCCACAAGUUCACAUCCAAGGCAGAGUUGUCCCAAAGUCAAACGGAAACUUUCUCUGGUGGGACGUAACUUUUCCAGUUCAGCUGUGCGUUAUCGGACUCGACGCGGCGGCGCCUGCUGUCCUAUUCAUGUUCCUGGCUUCGAUAGCGUCCUAGGUUUUGUACUUGUCAUAUGGAUUGGGAUACUGGUAAUCUGCUCCCCGCCACAUUUUCAUUUGGGC